CAGCCCACGGGGGGACCUCCGCCUUGACAGAUUUGGGGAAUAGCACCGCUGAGGCGGGAGCCCUCAGGGGCGGGGGGGCCGGGCGCAGCCGUCGGGGGGUUCCCGACCCAGGCCCGAGCCCGGCCACCGCCUCUGGGGCCCGAGGAGAGCCCCGGGCCUCCGUCGCCAUUGCGCCCAAGAGUGAAGAGGAUCUGCUGGCCCUGGCCGCGUCUCGGCUGAGCCGCCGAAAGCGGGUGGCGGGCGCGGCCGUCGGGGUGGCCAUGGUGCUGCUUCUGCUGGUGGCCAUUCCACUGCUGGUGCAGAGCUCCCGCGGGCCGGCGCACUACGAGAUGCUGGGUCGCUGCCGCAUGGUGUGCGACCCGCAUGGGCCUCGAGGCCCAGGGACCGACGGCGCGCCAGCCUCCGUGCCCCCUUACCCGCCGGGCACCAAGGGAGAGAUGGGCCGGCGCGGGAAGGCAGGUCUGCGAGGACCCCCGGGACCGCCAGGUCCCAGAGGGCCUCCAGGAGAGCCCGGCAAGCCAGGUCCCCCGGGCCCUCCCGGCCCAGGCCCGGGCGGGGUGGCGCCCCCUGCUGGCUAUGUGCCUCGCAUUGCCUUCUACGCGGGCCUGCGGAGGCCACACGAAGGUUAUGAGGUGCUGCGCUUCGACGACGUGGUGACCAACGUGGGCAACGCUUAUGAGGCGGCCAGUGGCAAGUUCACCUGCCCCAUGCCAGGUGUCUACUUCUUUGCUUACCAUGUGCUCAUGCGCGGCGGCGACGGCACCAGCAUGUGGGCGGACCUGAUGAAGAAUGGACAGGUCCGGGCCAGCGCCAUUGCUCAGGACGCGGACCAGAACUACGACUAUGCCAGCAACAGCGUCAUCCUGCACCUUGACGUGGGUGACGAAGUCUUCAUCAAGCUGGACGGGGGGAAGGUGCACGGCGGUAACACCAACAAGUACAGCACCUUCUCUGGCUUCAUCAUCUACCCGGACUGAGCCGGGCCCCAUCCCCCGCGCUCCCGCUCGCCCUGCGCCUGAGCUCCCCUCCUCACCCACCUUCAGCUGGCCCCACCCAAGGCGCCACCCCAUCCUUUGAGAGCCUGGCGGUGGGGCCAAUCCUCCCACUCCCGGAAGCGGCCUUAAUGGGCGGACUCUUGGUGCUCCGGGGUAUAAGUGGCUGGAGAGUGGAGGAAGCCAGGGCGGAGAAGGAGCAGAGGGGCUUGGGAAGGGACCAGUGGCAUCCCUGUCUGCCUGUGAAAGCCGGGAGGUAGAGAGGCCACGGUCGUGGCUUUCCUCUGCCGGUAGCUGGGGAACAGUUUCACUAGCUAGAGCUCAGAGCCACUGAAAGCAGAAGGGAAGCCCUGGCAUCUUGGGAGGGAGAGAAUAGAAACAGGAGCCCAUCUAGGCGGGAGGAGAGGAGACACUAGGAUGGGGUAGGCGCUGGUCCUGUCAUGACAACCUUCUCCUGCCAUCCCCUCCUCCCCUCAUGUCUAUUUUCAGGCUCUAAGGUCUGGCCCUGGAAGCCUUCCUGUGAACUGGAGGAACUAAUGAAUUCUUUCCUAGCAUUUAGAACUCAUUCUGUACAGUCCCCAUUUCAUCACCAUUUCACCCUCA